AUGCAAAAAAAUGCAUCAAACAGUAUAUACACAGAGUACAAUGUCUUGGAUUGUUUCCAGCUAUACAACGACUACUGGACUGCACUUGGCAACAUUGUUAUAGUCACCAAGAAUGACACUCGUCCCAUCGAACGACAAGUCAGCGACACCCUGCUGAUCUACGCCUCGAUAGUCCUAAACUCCGAUAGCUGGACCAAGAACCAAUGGGCGAUAGAGAAUGGCACACAAGUAUCAACGCGCAACAGGGCAAGACUUCCAUCUGGACCAGUAGCAACCUGGUAUCUAGGCCCCGAUUUCUACGAAGUUGAUUCUUGUUAUGUUCAACCAAGUUCGUAA